UUAGUAAGUCUAGGAGGAAUUGCUUAUGGCUAAUUUCAAGACAACAUGGUGAUAAUAUUUCCAAAUUAUAAUAUGAAAUGCUGAUAUCCGACAGCUUAUCAGCAAACUUUAUUAUAUUCUUCCCUUCCUAAAAGUCAAGUCUCACUUUCACCGCGGGACCAAGAGUAAAAUACUAUCUUGUAUUUGAUUUUUGAUUCUUCGGCAGAAUAAAAUGUGAAAUGAUUGCUAAUUUUUUCUAUCGUAGUUAGUCAAUUAGCGUAGAAAUUAUUAGCGCAUAAUUAGAAAAAAAGUGCAAUUUAGAAUCUGGAGAUGGGACGACCACCUUCAUUACGGCGUAAAAAUAAUGCUCGGAAAAGCACUGGAGGAACUAGUCGACAAGUUGGAUCACAACGACAGAGAGUGACGGCUCGAAAGAGCACGGGAGGUUAUUCGCCACGAUUUCACAUGUCCAGAUAUCCACAAGCUCAAGAAGACAGUAGUAGCAACGACACUAUGGACGAGGACGAGGGCGGUGGAAAUAAUAGCGAAGACAUUAACGAAGUUUACGUGUCGAGCAUUGCUGGGCGGUCAGCAUAUCCAUCAUACGGUGACUUAUCAAAAGCAAGUUCAAGUACAAAUCCUCAAAGUUCUUCGUCUCUGGAGUUAAAUAUAGCACAACAACAGCAGGAUCGUGUUGUUGUACGAAUUCCUCAACCUCGGAUGUCACCCUUUCAACCAGGCUUUCGUAGGUCUGAGUCUCCAAGAGGUACACUACCAGGUCAAAAUGAAGCAGCCGUCGCAAGUGCUGUUAGUGCCGCUGCAUUUGCAUUGAAAACAUCUGCAGGUUGUACAUCCCCUGGUAGAAGUGGUCAAAGCCUUGUGGAUGAACCCGAAAAUUCUAUUCAAAUAGGUGGAGAUGCUGUUGAUGAAGACGUUACAUCUGCCGACUCUACAAAUGUGAUUCCUGAAAUUCUAGAACUAUGUGAACCAAGCAGUACAAGUGCAACCACUACAGCUUUUGUGCCUCCGCCCGCUGUCCCAGGUCACAGUCGCUGGUUGCUGGCACAAGACAAUAUUGCAAUGAAAACGCCAAGCAACAUUGAACCCGAUUGUUGUCCAGACCCUACGACCAGACCAAGAAAGAAGAAACAUUUUACACCUCUCCCAUUUCCAGAAAGUAGUCCACCAAAACUAAAUAGAAAUUCAAGCUCUUUACAAAAUCCUUUCUUUACCAAUGAUGACCCCCCGCCGAGCAUUUCUAAAGAUCCUCAAAGUGAUGAUUUUAGCACCAAGAAAAUCAAAAAGGCAUUUCGAAAUUUUCAGUCAAUUCGUCGCCUUGUUACCGACUCUGGAGUUUGCUCUCAUUUUAAUGGAUUUGUGCAAUUGAAUGCUGUGGAGCAAAUGUUAAUCAAGUGCUAUAAUAGGGUUAAAAGAAUCUCAAAUGAAAGAAGUUACAAAUCUUCUAACCCACCAGUUAUAGUCCUUGAUGAUUCAGGUGACGUUGUACGAUGUGACCCAGUGAAACAAACCAGCAGUUUUGACGAUGAUGGUGAGGAUGAUAUUGACACCAUCAGCAUUCAAGUAUCUCCCCCAACACUUUCCAGCGACGUAAAUGUGGAAAAGACGAGUACUGGUGGUGAUUCAACUAUGUCCGUACUUGACACCUAUGGAGAAAGUUCACCACAGUCAUCAUUAAACAGCACGACCUCAAUACUAGUUGGUGGAAAAAAUGUCGCCAAGAAGAAUGCUUCAGUAAUAUGUUCCCCUGCGGCACAAAUUUCCAAAAGCUCAAGAGGCAAACGAUCCUCAUCCGGAAGUAGUCGAAUGAAUUUAUCGACAGUGGGAAGUACAGAUCACGUGGACGAAGUCAUCAACACAGUUAUUAGAGAUCAGCAGCAAAGUAGGACCAUGACAGGAGCAUCAUCAUCGUCGGUGAUGCCAAAUGAUGAUAUCCUCGCACAGUUUAGUGAAUCACAUCGACGUACCUUAAACAGCUUAGUUCACAUGGGUUUUGGAUCUAAAGAUGGAGAUAAUUUCGACCAACUCGUGAGGAUUGUACACGAGAAAAAUGGAAAUUUGGACGCCUGCAUCGAUAGGCUUACAAAGCUGGCUUAAACCUCUUCAUAAUAAUGCUACGGAGGAUGAGUUGAGAUAUGCCAGAUAUUUGACAACACAUUGACAAUGUCCAUGUGUUUGUUGAUUAUUACCUAAUAUAUUUGACAUGAGAUAUAUUUAUUCAUUGGUUAAUUUUUAGAUUUACGAAAUAUUUUCGGACAAAAAUAAUUUUGUAAUAAAGAGUUAUUUGUAUAAAAAGUCAA